AUGUCCACACGUUUAGUCGGGAAUUAUAUCGAGGACAAUCGAAAAGAGGCCCUCAAAACAUUGGCUCAAGAUUUUUGGGUGAAAUCACGAGAUCGUUGUUUAUUGCUAUGGGCGAAUCGGCACGACCGUCAAAAAUCCCUCCGCUUUUUCUCUUUUGUGGUGGCCGUUUGUCUCACCUUAUUUGCUUUGAUUUCCAUAGUGAAUUAUGGAUCAGAUGAUGGAGAUCGAAUGACCUCUUUUGAUGAAAUAUCGAUCACAAUGACAACAAGGAUUACACAAAAAACAUCGAUGGAUGCGAAAGGAGCGCUCUCGCCGAGAGAAUGGAAUCGUUCUGAUGCGAUCGAUUCAUUGGUGGAAAACUCGGAAUCCACCAAAAAUCAGCCAUUAAAAGGAAGCCUUUUCUGCUUUGUGCUCACUUCAGAUAAACACCACGCGCGGGUUCCAGGUGUCAAUGAGACCUGGCUUCCUAGGUGUGAUCACGGUCGCUUUUUCACCAAUUCGCAUAUUAUUUUUGAUCAAAAGAGACAAGAUUCGAUUCCCUAUUCGACUGUUUUUGCCGGAAUCGAAGAUCGAUACGAGAAUCUCUUUUUCAAGACAAUCUAUGCUCUCCACUAUAUUUAUUCUCACAUUUCAAAGGAUUUCGAUUGGUACUUCAAGGCAGAUGAUGACACGUAUGUGGUUGUGGAGAAUUUGAGGGACUUUCUCUCCACAGUCGAUCCAAAUCAACCAUUUUAUGCCGGUUUUCGGAUGAAGCCAGAAUUGGAAAAAGGCUAUAAUUCUGGUGGUGCCGGUUAUGUGCUCUCAAGAGAAACACUGAGAAGAUUCGAGACAUUUCUUUAUCGAAAUCAGACUCUCUGUCCCGAUGAUGAGUUUGAAGAUUUGGGAUUGGGAAGAUGCCUUGCAAAUCUUGGAAUUUUCCCGGUAGACAGCCGCAAUGAAAAAUUUCAACAAAGAUUCAACGGCUAUCACUACAACGACAUUUUUGGUGGAUGGAUUACAAAUAAGUGGAUUUACGAUCCACAAAUCACGGGUAUGCAUUCCAUCGGCUCCGAUUUAAUCUCUCUCCAUCACGUUUCGCCCAACGAAAUGAGGAUAUUCGAUCGUUUACUGUACACAGUGAGACCAUCAACCCGUUUCCUCAAUUUUGGCCGCAAAAUGCCCGAUCCAACAAUAUUGAUCCCUAAAUAUAUUCACAAAGAGACGAAUCAACAAACGAAAGUGCAAAUU